CGGAUUCGAUAGGCCAAGUCGCCAUGACGAUGGAUGCGCGCGAAAUCGUCCACGGCUCGCGUGCGUUCGAGGCGGCGAUUCUUCUGCGAGAGGAAGUCCUGCGCAAGCCACUGGGCAUGGUACUUGACCGCAAUGCCGUGGCCACAGAGGCUACUGACAUUCACAUCGGGGUGUACUCGGACGACGAGUUGGUAGCGUACGCAUUGCUACGACCAGCGCAUCCCAUCGCUUGGAUGAAGCAGGUGGCGGUCUCUCCUGCCGUCCAAGGAAAAGGUCUAGGUCGAUCCUUGAUCGAAGCAUUUGAAGCACGAGCAAUCAAGGAAGGCUUCCAUUCCAUCCACUUGCACGCGCGAGAAACAGCCGUCGGGUUCUACCUCAAGCUCGGGUACGCCCCAGUGGACAACGACACGUUCAUGCAAGUCGGGAUUCCACAUCGGCACAUGUUCAAGACGAUUAUUUGCGACCUUACACGUAUUUAGCGUUGAACACACUGGUACUGGUGUCUGCGAAGGGCGUUUGCUUCGCCACAGCAAGAUAUCACCCUCGGCAGUGCCGUGUCCGAUCACCAACCCCAUCCUAUUCGUUGAUAUUCGAGGUUCCCCUUCGUUAUUUUACCCAAACUGGAGCCGCUCUGGCCUCUCAGAUACACACCGGUAGUUCCCGGCAACUCGAACUCCGCUCGAUUGGCGCCAUCGCAGCUAUCCUCGUCCGGGUGCGAUCGAAGGCCCAUGGCCCAAGAGUCUCGAACGAAUUCGUUCUCGGUAGUCGACCUCGAUCGUAAGUCAUAGGGCACCAUUCCCAGUGUUAUAUGAAUGUGGCUGGAUCGUCGUCGAC